GAUUGAUUGCUAGUGCUGAUUGCAGAGCGGGUGAGAGAGAGUGGGAGCGAACAUCUCGAAAUAGAAAAAGGUUGAGGAGGGCGGCGGAGGCGACCUCAGAAUUCUCACAGCAGGAAGAGGGAGACGAUGUGGAGGAGGGUUUGCUCGCAGCUCGCCCCGUGGCGAUAUGCGGCCCCAGGCGGCGCCGCCCUCCGCAACCGCGCCGCCGCCGCAUUCAUCUCCUCCUCCCCCCUCCCCCCUCCCCCUCCCCCCUCCCCCUUGCAGAAGACCACCCCUCUCUUCUCCGCCGAUUCCGGUAAUGCUUCGUUGAAGAAGAGGGUGGAGGACGUGAUGCCGAUCGCCACCGGGAACGAGCGGGAUGAGAUCGAGGCCGAGCUCGAGGGGAGGAAGAUAUUCGUUAGUAUGGAUGCGCCAGUCGGUCCGUUCGGCACCAAGGGUUGGUGCAUCAUUGGAUGAUAAUGGCAGAAACAGGGUACUAUAACUUAGUGGGUUUGCAAUUCUGACCUCUCCUGCUGAUUCCACCCGUGUUUUCAGUGCAUAAGUUAUGCCAUUUUUUUAAGAUAGGUUAUAUUAUGUUACUGUUGGAUAAGUUAAUGUUCUUUGGUAUUUUAUUUGGUUGGAUAUCGAUUUGGUAUUUGCAGUACCAUGUUAGUAUAGAAAUCUGGAAAGAUACACUUUUGAUCCCUUUAGGUCUGCAUAGUUCUUUGACAUGACCAGCUUGUUUGCCCAUCAUUUCUAACUUGUUUGUUAGCAUCUACAAAUGAGUCAAGGUUCCCCUUUGAACUUUGCCCUUAUCCCAAUGAGGGUAAUUUAAUCUGGUCUACAUUAAUGUGACCUCUUUCCUACUGCUGACGGCCAGUAUUACUGUAAUAGCGUGUUAGUUUCAGAGUAGCUAUGGUUCUCUUAUCUACAAUCCUAGAUUUUACCAUAACUCUGCUGGAUGUUGAUCAUAUAUUAU